UCUUCGUAGGGUUGGGAAUUACCAACCUCCACUACUUGACUCGCCACAAACAAGUCCAUAGACACAUCAGAAUUUUUUGCUCUCUUCCCCAUUUCCAUCCUUUCAUCCCCUUCUAGCAACUCCUCACAUCCCAUAUCCUUCCUUUUGCUACCAGGUGGUGUCACCACAGAAUUUGCACCUACCUCACCAACUAAGUUACUCCUAUGCACCCUCACUUUUUUUUUAACCUUAUUAAGUUGUGUCUUCACAGCAGUAGACACCCCAAUAUUAAAAACAGGAGCAUUUUCAUUAGAGUAAUCAAUCUCAUCCCCACCCUCCACUUCCAUACUUUCCUCCAUCAACUCCCUCCCCAACUCCACUAUUGGUAGCAGAACCUUAGUAGACUCCCUCUCCUUCUCAGUCACUCCCCCCUUCCCAUCCUUCCCCAGCCCCCUUUCAUGUUCUAUUUCAGGCCUCACCACCAACUCUCCCAGCCCCUUCUCCACCGUCUCCUUCCUUGUCACCUCCAACACACCCUGCUUCUCAAUAGGUGAUUCUUUGGUUACAAAAGAAAGCUUUUUUGCAGCACUCAACUCUUGCACCUCAGCAGCAUCCGACCUUCAUUCGACCUCUUAUAGGUGACGCUUUCAGCCAUGAGCCCCACGUUAGGCCUUGAUUCUGCAUUUCCUCCGGCACAGAAACACAAUCUUUCUCAUUAUGUCCCAUCACACCACACAGGAAGCAGAAGAAUAGCCUUUCUUAUUUAAGAUUAAUUCUCACAAUCGCACCUUCUCUGUUCUUCGCAUUUACAAACCGUCUCAAAGGUAUACAAACAUCGAGCAACACCUUUACCCUCCUAGUUUUUCCUAUACCCAAGACAUCAUCCUCGACCUCCAGAAUUUCGCCCAAUUUACCAGCAAUUGCGCACAUGGGCUUCUGACCUGCAAUUGAAAGGGAGGUUCUCAAGUCUAACCCAAAACGGCGAGUGGGUCAAGACCACAUUGUUCGGUUGUUCAUCUCCCUUAAUUUCGUUCAGGAUCAAUAAGCUCUGUUCAAAGCACCACGGUCGCCCUUGCAGCACCUUCUCUUUAUCCCUCAAUGAAAGAAUUGGAAAACAAAGAGAUUCGAACCAAUCAACCUAAUUACAACCUUCCCCUUCAUUCCCCAAGAUUGAGAAAUUGUGCGUUUGAAUGCCUCUACAUUCACUCCUCUAUCAGUCAACAACCUACCAACAACCAUUAACGAAACCCUCGCAUCGUUCUCGGACGUGUCCACAGUCCCAAAGUCCACGGUUUCACCAUCAUCCUCCUCUAGAUUUAGAUUAGCACAUAUAGCAAUUAGGUCAUCGGCCAUUAUAGCCGGAGCAGAACCACGACAAACGGUGGUAGGAAAAUCCUUUCUUGCGAGGGAGUUCGCCCUUUCUUUUGAGGGAGGUUCUUGUUGUUACAUUCGCAAAACACUUAAAACUAGGAUAUUCAUUCAUUCCCAAAUUAGUUCCUCCAAACUAUAAAAACCCACCAACACUCCCAUAAUUUCUCUAAAACCCUCUAGUCUUUACAUUUCCCGCCAAAAAAAAAGAGUGGAGCUCGGUAGUCACUCAGUCAGUUACGCUACUCAAUAGAGAGUCACUGCUCAUACCCAUUUGGAGAUAGUGCAAGUCGCAAGUUUGCAACGGCAACGGGCGAAGGAGUAAAGAUGAACAUGCAGCAAAGGCCUUCAUCAGAAGAGUCGUAUUGUGAUCUCCUGCAAAUAUGGCCUUUAUAUUUCCCCCAAAUUGAUCUCUCCUUUCGAGAUUGGAGAUACCUUCUCAUCUCUAAGCUUGUUUGCUUCUUCGCUACUCCUCGCGGCCAACGUUUUGUCCCUCAGGUAAAGCAUGAAGAUGACACAUUUUCCUUAACACUCAACUAUCAAAAGUUCAGAAAGAUAUGUGACCUUGAGUGUUUCUUUGUUAAUCUGGAAGAAUACCCCAAAGAAGCUCUUCUAUGCAUGGGUGCUGCCAUUCAUAAGGUUUCAUCUUUUCAGGAGAAAAGCAAGUUAGACUCUCAUGGGAAGAUCAAUAUCCGGCUUCAUAAUCACCCUGACUCAUUGAUUGCUUUGAAGAACCUUAAAGCAGCUUAUAUUGACAGGCUGGUAUCUGUGCGUGGUACCGUUGUGAAGGUCAGCACUGUUAAACCAUUGGUAAUGCAGAUGACUUUUAAAUGCAUCCAGUGUGGAGCAGACAUCAUGCGUUUCUUUCCUGAUGGGAAAUACUCUCCACCAGCAACAUGUAUUAUGCGAUGUUGCAAAGGCAAAACAUUUGCACCAAUUAGGUCUACUGCACAGUCCAUUGAUUUUCAGAAAAUAAGAUUGCAGGAGCUUUUUAAAUCUGAUAAUCUCGAAGAAGGCCGGGUUCCUCGGACAGUCGAAUGUGAACUUUCAGAAGAUCUUGUUGAUGAUUGUAUUCCUGGCGAUGUGGUGACAGUAACUGGAAUUAUAAGGCAAAUUAACAAUUACAUGGACCUUGGAGGAGGUAAAUCAAAAAGCAAGUAUCAAGGAUUGUACUAUUUAUAUAUGGAAUCUGUCUCUGUAACAAAUUCCAAAUCACAGACCAUCCCAGAAGAUUCUGAAUAUCCUACUGCUGAUACUAGGGCGACUGAGAUGUCUGACUUAUAUUCAUUUUCUCCGAGGGAUUUGGAAUUUAUUGUGAAGUUUAGGGAGGAGCAUGGUCCUGAUGUCUUCCGCCAAAUGAUUCAGUCUAUCUGUCCAUCAAUAUAUGGUCAUGAACUUGUCAAGGCGGGAAUAACUUUGGCUCUCUUUGGUGGAGUACGCAAACAUUCCAUGGAUCAGAAUAAGGUACCAGUCAGAGGAGACAUUCAUGUGAUUAUAGUUGGUGAUCCUGGAUUGGGAAAGAGCCAAUUACUUCAAGCUGCAGCUGCUGUUUCUCCACGUGGUAUCUAUGUCUGUGGAAAUGCUACAACUAAUGCUGGGCUUACUGUAGCUGUUGUGAAGGACCGAAUGACUAGUGACUAUGCUUUUGAGGCUGGUGCUGUUGUCCUAGCAGACCGUGGUCUGUGUUGCAUUGAUGAAUUUGACAAGAUGUCUGCUGAGCAUCAGGCUCUGCUGGAAGCAAUGGAGCAACAGUGGUCUGUUGCAAAGGCAGGACUUGUGGCAAGUCUAUCAGCACGCACUUCUAUCUUAGCUGCAGCAAACCCUGUUGGCGGUCAUUACAAUCGUGCUAAAACGGUGAAUGAAAACUUGAAGAUGAGCUCUCCUCUGCUUUCACGAUUUGAUUUGGUUUUCAUAUUGGUGGAUAAACCAGAUGAAAACAUGGAUAAACGACUUUCUGAGCACAUUAUGGCUCUUCAUUCUGGUCACGGAGAUAAUUCCUCCACAGUUAAGAGACACUGUAGAGCAUCACAGAGUAUUGGACAAAUAGUUGUUAGUGCUUCAAGUGAGUCAUUGGUUUCAAGGUUGAGACUGGAUCCUAGGAAAGAUAGUGAAUUCGUCCCACUACCUGCUCCACUUCUACGAAAAUAUAUUGCUUAUGCAAGAGCUUAUGUCUUUCCGAAGAUGUCAAGGUCAGCAGCAGAGACUCUUCAAAAUUUCUAUUUACGGUUGAGGGAUCGUAACACUUCAGCUGAUGGUACUCCCAUAACUGCAAGGCAGUUAGAAAGUCUAGUAAGGCUGGCAGAGGCUCGUGCUAGGGUAGACUUGAGGGAUGAAAUAACUGAACAGGAUGCUUUGGAUGUUGUUGAAAUCAUGAAAGAAUCCCUGUAUGAUAAGUAUCUUGAUGAACAUGGAGUUAUUGAUUUUGCUCGUAGUGGAGGCAUGAGUCAACAGAAGGAAGCAAAGCGAUUCUUGAGUGCUCUCAAUAAGCAAUCAGAAUUGGACCAGAAAGAUUGUUUUUCAAUAUCUGAAAUAUACGGUUUGGCGGAUAGGAUUGGUCUCAGAGUUCCAGAUAUUGAUGUCUUUGUUGAAAAUUUGAACACUGUUGGUUUUUUGAUAAAAAAGGGACCCAGAACAUAUCAGCUGCCUUCAUCAUCAUACACAAGGAGUCAGGUAUCAAGGUCCAGGGUCUAGACAUGGGGCAGAAGGAUAUUUGCAGGUUAUCUUUAAUACUGUACUUUUGGUUAUGUCAAAAACUCAAAAUACAGCUAUAUGUCAUGGAAAAGUGAUAGUGUUCUACAAACAGAAAGCAUAAGCACAUCACUGCAAUGAGGAAGUACUAAUCAGUACUGGAUUAAUCUGUAUUGAUUUACAUAUACCAUGACAUGUUUGUACAUAAUGUCAACUAUAUUGUGCCCCGCUUUCUUGUUUUACAUGUACAUUCUUUCACUCAAGUCUUUUUGUUGAGACGCGUAUAGUAUACCAACACGUAGAUGGUACUUUUUGAUGAUUUAAUGAUUUUUAAACCUUCCAAUGGCACACAGUUUUCUGAGAAGUCAAUCUUACAUAAGUUGCAACAUUAUUUGAUCUUAAAAUGUGUUUCUAAUACAAGUAAAUUAAUCAAUUUUUCUAAAUUUAGCCAUUUUCCUUGCAAAAUAAUUUCCAAACUCAUACUCUCAAUGAUCAAUUAAAACGAUAAUUGAUUCUGCAUCAAAGCUCGCCAAUAUAAAGCUCCUCACUUUAACUAACCUGCAAAUGUUUGAAAUGAAUCUAAGUCCACAACAAAGCUAACAAUUGUCGAAUUU